AGUCUCUCCGUACGUUUCGAUCGGAUUGCACACUCAUUCGUUCGUCCGUCGUGUAAGUCGUUAUUGGAAAUUUGUGUGUUGUCCAAGUUUUGUGUGUUUGUACACAGUUCGUAGCUGUUGUUAUGGUUUCAUGUUGAACGGACAAUUGACAUUUGAAGCCGCCAUUCAAUUGCAUUCCGUUUGCAGUGAACAAAUAGAAAUGCAACGGGAAACCGCUAUUUAAGGUGUUUUCACUUUGCAUCGUUUGUAUAACAAGAUUUUGUGUACCUUCUUGUGAAAUUAGCCACGAGACGCCAUCCCAAAUGCGUUCAGUGUAAAAAAAACUUUAAUUUUAGUGAUAAAGCCAAUUGAUUGGCAGUUUUACUUGGAAUAAAAACAAAUCUUACUUGGAAUAGCUGACGUUCGAAGAACGAGAAAAUCGAAUACAGAUCAGGCGGUUCGAGCAUUGCAUUUUUCGUGUGUGGAUGGAAGAACACGCAGUCAAACAGCAUAGCAUUAAAUAAUAACCAACGUGACAGAGAAGCGAAAUUGCAGAAGAACAAGAAGAGAAAAAAGUGCUUGAAAACAGGAAACAAGUACACAGAAUAAUAUCAAAAGUAAAAUAAAAUGCUCCAGUUGUGACAGAAAAAAAAGUGCUGUGUGAAAGAGCCACGUAGUUUUUGUGAUGGAUAUGAACAGAACAGAGCGAGCAAAUUGAUUGCGCGAAAAGAAAAAGAGUCUCAAGCCCGUCACCGGACAUCAGAAUCUACGCUCACUUGCGCGACCGAUACAGAGCGCGCGAUAAAGGAACUGAAUCAGAAGAGGAGCAACCAUCGCGUACAGCGAUCGAUAAAUGUGUUGCUCUUGCUUGUCGUUGGUUUUUUUUCGCCGUCUUCUGCGCCAUGCCACAUUGGAUUAUAUAAACAACAUAAAACGUACGUUCGUUCUCUGAACAUAUUCAGCCGCUGCCAUCAUUCUCUUUCUACCUAAAGAACCGGAUUUUUCUGAAUGUUAAAAUCUCAGUUGCGAUAUUUUUGUUUAGUACGCGGUCGUCGUCGUCGAUGUUGUUGUCGCUUUCUCAUUGAACAUUCUGUUUUCGAAAGAAAAACAAAACCAACGACAAAAUCGAAAAUAUCGUAAAAAUUGACGGUAACAUUGUGAAAGAGUUCAAUUGCCAAAUCGAAAAGCUAGCGAAAAAAAAAUGUAUUCUGAACAAAAAUAAAAAAAUGGGAUAUGUUGAAAUGGUCGAAAUGAUUAUUCCAUUUUUGUGUAUUUUCGAACAUUAGCAUAGCAUCGCAGAUUUAAUUAUUCCCAUACAACGAAAUGCCAUUAUGAACGAUUUGAAUGACCAUUCAGAUAUUGUGCGCAUUGAAUCGAAAUUUGUUCGAUGACACGAUAAAUUAAUUGAAAACAUAAUUCAUUUGCAUGCAAAUUCAUCAUCAUCAACGAGUUAAAAAUAAAAAAAGACGACCCCAUUCAUGGACGUUAUCGAUAAAAACCGAACCGAAAAAAGAAUAAAUUGUGAUUAAAAUCUUAUCGGUGUGAAACUACUAGCGUUCAUUUGAAAUAAUCGAAAAGAGAGGUGUGUACGUGUGUGAGUUUUUACCGUGUGUUGAAUAUACGGAGGAAGAAGUAGUGAAAAUUCUGGUUUUCCAUUCGAUGUCGCGAGUUUUAGUGCUGUAAUCGCAUCAUAAAGUCUUUCAACAUUAAACUGCCGUAGCAGAAGAAGUAGAAAAGAUAGUCGAGAUACAUAACGACAAUUCAAUGAAGUUGACAAUCGUGAUAAGUUCCAGCUUUGCUGCGUCUUUAAUUCCAUGUGUGCGUUGAUUUUAUUAUUUUUAUUGCAUAAUCGUAAUCGCUUGUGUUGUGGUGUGUUGCAUUGGAAUUUUAAAUCACCAGCCAGUUCAAGUUCAUUUGCAUCGCUCGACCAAAGAAAAGUGUUUUUUAUGUCAAGCAGCGAAAAUUGAAUAUUACGCAUCGUGAUAAUAUAAUCGCUGUGUAAGAAGUGGAGAGCAGCUUUUAUUCUUCGUUCUGUUAAAUUGAACAAACGCAUCAACUCGCCGUGCGAAGCAAUUGUGAUGCAUGUGAAAGGAGAAUCAGAAAAAAAACGGUUUGCAUCGAAUGUAUUUCUGGUUCUUGAAGUAAUAACUUCGCAUUCAAUGGAAUUGUAAAUAACGCGAAGAAAAAACGAAAUGUGUAAUGCAAGAGAAAACGACGAGUGAAUUGAGUGAAACAGCCGGUACGUGAACAAACCACAAGUAAAAUUUGCUCGAAACAGUGUAUCGCGUCGUGUCUUCACGGUAAUAUGUUGACAACGGCGAUGAUGAUAAUGACAGCGAAUUGUGUGCGGUGCGCGCGCAAACUGAAUUUCGAGCCAAUGUUUCGUGUAAAUGCAAUCGGUUCGUGUGGCGUUCCUCGAAAUCAUUAAGAUCGAAUGUGAGAGAAAAAGAAAAAAAAAGCAGCUCGAAAAGACGGUUCACGUGUAUAAAGUGCAGUGACUUCUGAACUUUAAGCAUUUUUUUUUCAAUUCUAUUCGAUUGGAUGUUCAAAACCAAAAAGAAAAAAAUACGUAGUGCUACCUCAUUUGAUGAUACAAAAGAAAAUAUACUAUAAACUUAUAUUGUGCAUUGGUCAUUGAAACCGACAUUUGAUAGCCAAAUAAACGCGUAAAUAACAGUGUGACAUCUAAAAAUACGAAUAUGUAACGUGUAUUGUGCAUGUGACCUAUUGUUCUUUCUAUCGCUGAGUGAGUGAAUGAGAAAAAAAGAAGAAGAAGAAUUUUCAAAAAGAAAGUGUAAAAUUUUAUUUGUGGCGAAGAAGAGAAAUACAAUUCAAUUCGAUGUUAAAACACGCGCCUUCCGGAAAUGCGGCUAGUCAACAGCAGCAGCAGCAACAACAACAACAGCAACAACAACAGCAACAACAACAGCAACAUCAGCAGCAGCAACAGCAGAAAAACCUACAGAACCAACAAUCCCAAGCGUCUUCACAUCAAAUACAACAUAAUCACACACAUAAUCAUCACCAUAUCUCACAAAAUUUGUUGCUACACCCAAAACAUCCACCUCCACCGCCCCCACAAAUCCAUGCCCGGCCAAAUGUUAUCGCAACAACACCAGCCACACGUGCUAUACUCAAUCGAUCCAUUCAACCGUUGAACGUAUCGACCAUUUCACAUCAAACGGCACCGUCAAUUGUUCUAACACCAAACAAACUGAUUCCAAAUGGACACGCAAACGGCGGCCUUCGCAUUCCAACUACGAUGCAAACCAUUUUGAAUACAACACCGUCCACAUCAUGUUCAUCGCCACAAAAUCACUGUAGUAUACAAUUGAAUACAAAACAUCAGCUUGGUGCUCGUGAAGCUCUAACUAGUCUCGGAUUACUUUGUUUGGUUUCACUUUUGCUUGCGUUGCUAUCGUUGAUAUUCUUACUGAAAAUUUCACCGAAUGGACGGGAACCACCACCGCCACCCGGCCCAAUAUCAUCGGACGAUUAUAUCAUUGUUUACGAUGUAACGCUUGCCCUAUGCGCGCUCUCCCUAUGUCUAAAUCUUUGCUGUUUGCUGGUUUGCGCCAUUCAAUUUUUAUUUGCUGUAAAAUUGCUGCGUGCACCUGUCACACCUGGACGUGGUAAUAAGUAUCUGCAGAAGUCCAGUGUGAGUCGUGUGUGUGCUGUUGGAGGCUUUUUCAUUUCUAUUCCAAUAUUCCUAACUGGAAUCAUUUUGUAUACAUUCACUCAAUUCCAUUCGACGCCGGCGAUAAUAACGAGCGUUUUGAUUGGAGUUGGAAUUGUAUUUUGCGGUUGUGCGAUGGUUCACAAUGUAUUCGUUUGGCAACGAGAAAAGACGAUAUGCGUUCGAAAAAUGAACCCAUUGAACUUAAGCAUAACGGCAAAUCAACAGCAAACGCAGCCACAGCAUCAGCAGCAUCAACAGCAACAGCAUCAAACACAUGCAUUGCAUACUCAACAACAACAACAACAACAAACACCGAUCAGUACAAUAAGUUCACCGCAACCAACUCAUCCGCAUCAUUUGCCACAUUCGCAUUCCCAUCAUCUGUAUCAAAACCAUAACGGUAUCAUCAAUCCGGCGACCCAUUUACACUUAUUGAGCCAUCACAAUAACAAUAACAACCCGAUUCAUGCCAAUCAUAAUCAUACGCCGUUGACGCAUACAUCACAGAUAAGCCAUACGACCCCAGUGACACCUUUGUCAGCCAAUCACUCACACAUCAGUUUCUUGCCAGGCCUGCGACCAGCUACAGCCACUCCACCCACACCAAAAACUCACGCCAAUCCAAACAAUAGCAUUUUGAUUGGGCGAGAGGUGAGUGGCUCUGUCACACCCGGGCGAAUGUCUGGCACCCUAGACAUAAGCAAUGUUACAUCGACUAUAUCACCACAUGAAUUGUCCACUUUAGUCUAAACGACGUCGACUCAUUUGUCACUGAUUUUAAGUCCAAUUACUCACGUAUCUUCUAAGUAGAUUCUUUUAAUUGUAGCCCAAUAAGUGUCUUGUUUUAUUCUCAUCGAAUUGACUUCAUGGAAGAUUUUUUUUUAAAGUUCGCAUUCAAUUUAUUAAUAUUCCCGAUUGAAUAUUAUCAUAGAUUUAUUGCUGUAAAUAUAGACCGAUUUAUCAAACAUGCUUACGAUACUGCCAGUGGCACAGUCGGCCACAGAUUUUUACUGUCGUUCGAACGAAGUUUUUAUCCCAACGUGUUCGGUCGACAAGAGAAAAAAAAAAACAAUCGAAAAAUGUAAAAUUAGUACAACUAAGCGAAAUUAUAAUAAUUAUUUAUGUGAAAUAAAUAUUAUGAAUUUUAAAACAGAAA